AUGCACUUUGUCAGCAUUACGUAUAGUGUUGCUAUCCAAGAGCUGUGUCGCUGGGGAUUUUAUUUACUGCUCAAUAGGGCAGAGGCUGGUUUGAACACAGUCUCUGCAAACCCGAAAUCACCCUUUAAUCGAUCUGUAUUUGCGUUUGUUUCUGGAUUUGGAUACGCAUUGAUGAGCUCCCUCGUUGGAUAUAUAUCACUGUUGGUCGAAUCCAUUGGACCUGGUGUGAUUAUGUGCCCCUCUUGCCCUCAAGCAACGCUGUAUUUCAUAUCGGCCAUCACGACAUCACUGUUUUCACUAAUGCACAUAUUCUGGAUGAUGAUAUCAUUCGAAGGGUUCUCGGAAGCGCCUCAAAUGAAGGGCUGGUUUAAAAUUGGAUGGGUAAUUGUAUCGCAUUAUGGAGCUUCGUUUGCAACCACGCUCAAUUCAUCCACAUCUGUCAACUAUGGGUGUGUGUAUUCCAUUGUGAUAUGUUUGGCUAUCAUCUGUCUGUCUGUAUUGAUUGUAGCGAUCUCCCUUAAAUCAAGAUUUCGAUUAUCACUUCGUCAAACAUCAUAG